UAAUACCAUAUUACCAUAUCGUGUAAAUAAUAAAGUCUUUAAAAAGUCGUUAACACUCCUUCCCGAAACUCUACUAUUAUAAUUUAUAAACUCCAAUUUAUAACAAGAAAUGCGCGAAAAAUUGUUGUAGGUACACAAGUGCCUAUAAUUUCAUUAGGUACAUUUGGUACAUACAUAAUUAUCAUUUAUCUAUAUAAUAUGUUAAAACAAUAGUCUACAGUAAUCAAUUAUUAUGAGCAUAGAAAUUGUACGCGAUAUUAAAAUUAUUAGUGAUUAGUCCCGUGCUCAUAUUUCUUUUGCGUUGUCUACAAUACUCGAUAAAUCAUAAACCGUGAUCAAGCAAGCAUAGUAAUACAUUAAAUUGUUGAACAACAACACGUCGAUUUCAAUACAAUGGUACUCGCAUAGGCAUAGCAUUAUGUCGGCGGGGAGAAAAAUUUGCGCGGUAAUGACUCGGACGGCCGUGUACGUGUUUGACAAAUAUCACUUCGCCAUCAACACGUUCAGCGGAUCAGUGAUAAUGAGCGUCGGCGACAUCGCACAACAGAACGUGGAGCGUUACCACGGGUUGUCCGACGGUUACGACUGGUCGAGAACCGCGCGAAUCGCAGUCAUAGGCAGCAUCCUGGGAUCAGUCGGGCAUAUGUUUUACCGGACGCUAGACAACCGAUAUCCGGCCAGGGACGCGUUCACAAUAGCCAAAAAGAUAUUCAUCGACCAAACGGUGUGCACACCACUCAACAUUGUCGUGUUCAUCUACGGGUUGGGUUUGUUGGAACACAAGACUUUGGCCGAGAUCAAUGAAGAGUUUAAAGACAAAUGUGCAAUGAUAUUUUUGGUCGAUUGUGCUGUUUUUGUCCCAACACAAUUCAUAAACUUCAAGUUUUUAGACCCAAAAUACAGACUUCUAUUUACAAACAUGGUUUCUAUUAUGUACGAUACUUUUCUCUCUUAUAUUAAGUAUACACACGAUAUUCUCAAAUUGAUAGAAAAACAAAAUAACAAUAACAAUAAAAAUUGAAAUGCAAA